GCCUGCGGCCAUAUUAUGGAGUGGCAUAUGUUGCCGGCAAGAAGCACUACUUCGGCGUGGGCGGUGGAACUCGACUAUUUAAGCAUAUGGUCGAGGAGCAAGGUGUCCUGGGAGCUCAUCUCGUUGCCGAGUUUGCGGAUGGCUCGUCGAAUGUAAGAGAGAUAUGGAAAUUCUUCUUCAAGCAAUAAGAAACAAGGAUGAAUGCUUGUGGCGGCUUGGGCUUGGACCGGAGAGGCUACAUCCAUGCGAUGAAGUCGUGCCGGAGUUUGUCAGUGGCGGAGAGCAUUCAUUCCCAGGUCCAGCACCUUCUCCAUGCCGACGUGCAAAUGUCCAACAUGCUGCUUCACAUGUAUGCCAACUGCGGGAGCGUGGAGCGUGCGCGUGCCGUGUUCGAUGGGAUCGCGCCCCGGGCCAGGAAUCUCUUCUCCUGGGUGCUCAUGCUGUCCGCGUAUGCCCGAAGUGGGCAUACGCGUCAGGCGCGCCAGGUGUUUGAAGCCAUGCCCGAGCACGACCUCGUGUCCUGGACAAGCAUCCUGGAUGCUUACGGCCGGGAGGGGAUGCUGGGCGAAGCAUGGCAAGUGUUUUGCAGCAUGCGCCAGAGGGACCUCGUCUCCUGGGCAGCGAUGCUGGCGGCCUUUGUAGCAAAUGGGAGGCUCGAUUGCGCCAAGCGUAUCUUUGACGCGAUGCCGGAGAGGAACCUCGUGUCGUGGACGUCUAUGCUGUCAGCGUAUGCUCAAAGGCGGCAUCUGUACAAGGCCAAGCGAAUGUUUGAUGGGAUGCCCGAGAGGGACUUGGUGUGCUGGACGGCGAUGCUGGUGGCCUAUGCACAAAACGCAGUCGUUGAGCAGGCCAAAGCCGUGUUUGAUGCAAUGCCGGAAUGGGAGCUAGUGUGCUGGAACGCAAUGCUGGCGGCGAAUGCUCAAAACGGGCGUGUGAGCGACGCAGUGGCCCUGUUCGCCUCCAUGCCUGAAAAGAACCUGUGCUCUUGGAACACACGCCUGUCCCUGGAAGCGGACAGUGGUAGCAUGGAUCGGGCCAAGCAACUGUUCUUGCAUGAGAUGCCUGAGUGGAACGUGGUGACCAUGAACGCGAUGGUUACGGCGUAUGGUCAGAACGGGCACCUUGUCGAGGCUCGGCGUGUGUUUGAUGCCAUAGGAAAGGAGAGGGAUGUCAUCUCUUGGAAUGCCAUGCUCACCGCUUACGCCCAACACGGUGGUGGCAUGGAGGAGGCAAAGCUCGUGUUUGACAGCAUGCCGGAGCACAACCUCGUCUCCUGGAAUGUCAUGCUGUGCUGCUACGGACAGCACGGACACGUCGGGCAGGCCAAGCGGAUGUUCAGCGUGCUGCAGGAGCUUGAGCAGUGUGACCUCGUCUCUUGCAACAGCAUGCUGUCGGCCUAUGCGAGCUGCGGGGAGCUGGAGCAAGCCCAGCUCAUGUUCGAUUCGAUGCAGGAGAGGGACCUCUUCUCGUGGAACAUACUCCUAUCGGCUUAUGCGGCGGCGGGGCGCACGGUGCAAGCCAGGCAAGUGUUCGGGCGCAUGCCAGAGCGAGCCGUCGUGUCGUGGAAUGCGGUGCUGGCGGCGUAUGCGCAGCGCGGUACCGCCGGCAGUGCGAGUGAGGCGCUGGAGGUGCUCCACGGCAUGCUGCUGGUGGAGAUGCCCGACGAAGUCACCCUCGUGUGCGCGCUGCUGGCGUGCAGCCGCCUUGGCCAACUCGCCACCGGGCUGCACUUGUUCAGAUCCAUGGCCAGCGACUUGCAGCUGCUGCAUGCCACACAAAAGCACUACGGCUGCAUGGUGGACGUGCUGAGCCGUGCUGGCCAUGCGGAGGCGGCCCGCGAUCUGGUGGCGGCGAUGCCGUUUGUGCCCACUGCCCAGGAGUGGAGGUGCCUGCUCAUGAACAGCAGCAGCGGCUCCAAGCUUGCGGCCAGCCGCGUGUUUGCGUUGGAGCCCAACGACUGUGCGGGCUACGUGCUGCUGGCCAACACCCGGAGCAUGCCGCAAGCUGGGGCAUUGGUUUCAACGGUGGGAAUAUGCCAGGGGGCAUCUUCGGCCACGUAGGACGUACAUGGGUCAUUCAUUAUCGCCAGCGCUUGUGGAGAGGUAGAGGAGGGAGCGGCGCUGCUCUAUCCAGGGCUUGCGCGUGCUGGAGGAUCACAAAUGCGCAAUGCAAUUGAGGUGGUAA